UUUAUAGCGAAGCUUCGCUGUGUUAGAGUUUCGCUUUAUAUUUUAUAUUACUUAGUUUUAGAUCAAAUUAAUUUGAUAAUAACUGUAAUAACUGUACAGGAAAAAGUUUAUCAAGUUACAACAAGCUUUAGAGGGAAAUAUGUUAACGAUGGUAUCACGAGUUACGUACCUUGUGUGUGUGUUUGCCGUCUACCUAUCAAGAAAUUGUGCUAAUGCAGAUGACUGCGUGCCUGUUGAGGGAUGCACGGGCAAGCCAGACGGGGAUUAUCCAAUGUGUUAUCCAGAUUGUCUCGAUGGAUACUACGUCGCUUGUUCCGGUGGAUUUUACAACGAAAUGCCUUGUCAGGAGGCGUAUUACCUUGAUGGCAAUGGAAAUGAGAUACUUGCCAGACUAAUAUUCGACCCUGAAGCCGGGGCGUGUGUUUACGAAUCCCGCAGCUGCCCGUGGUUCUAACUUACCAUCUCCAUCCGACCUUCUACAUCGUCAGCAUCACGCAACUAAAAACAGCUCCAGUUUUUUUUUCUACAUUUGAGAAAUGUUAACAUCCCCUGCUGAGGGGGAAAAAAUAGAAAAAAACCGAUUGCUAUUUCAGCAAAUAGUAAAUGAAAAUGUUAUCGUUGUGUUACUUCGUUUGAAAGUAAAGAUGAUUUAAUUCUCU